AUGGGCGGGACAACGAGUAAUUCGAAUGUGAGAAGCGGGCCGGGAGGAGGGAGUAGAAAGGACGCGGGGGUCUCCGCACCGCUUAGGCGACGCGAGAUGGCGGCGGCCGCAUCAGGAGCAGGUCGCUGUCGUCUCAGCAAGGUGGGGCCUGGCCGACGCCCACCUCCAGCUCGAGUAAGGGUGGCUGUGCGACUGCGGCCAUUUGUGGAUGGAGCAGCUGAAGUGAGUGAAUCCCCCUGUGUACGAGGCACAGACAGCUGCUCACUUGAGGUUGCCAACUGGAGGAACUACCAGGAGACUCUCAAAUACCAGUUUGAUGCCUUCUAUGGGGAGAGGAGCUCUCAACAGGACAUCUAUGCAGGUUCAGUGCAGCCCAUUUUAAGGCACUUGCUAGAAGGGCAGAAUGCCAGUGUGCUUGCCUAUGGACCUACUGGGGCAGGGAAGACACAUACAAUGUUGGGCAGCCCAGAGCAACCUGGAGUGAUUCCCCGGGCUCUUGUGGACCUCCUACAGCUCGUAAGGGAGGAAGGCACUGAGGGCCGUCCAUGGGACCUUUCUGUCAUUAUGUCCUACUUAGAGAUCUACCAGGAAAAGGUAUUAGACCUCUUGGAUCCUACUUCAGGAGACCUGGUGAUCCGGGAAGACUGUAGAGGAAACAUCUUGAUUCCGGGUCUCACGCAGAAGCCCAUCACUAGCUUUGCUGAUUUUGAGCGGCACUUUCUGCCAGCCAGUGGAAAUCGGACUGUAGGAGCCACCCGGCUCAACCAGCGCUCUUCCCGCAGUCAUGCAGUGCUCCUCGUCAAGGUGGAUCAGCGGGAGCGUUUGUCCCCAUUUCGCCAGCGGGAAGGAAAACUCUACCUGAUUGAUUUGGCUGGCUCAGAGGACAACCGACGCACAGGCAAUCAGGGCCUUCGGCUCAAAGAGAGCGGAGCCAUCAACACCUCCCUCUUUGUAUUGGGCAAGGUGGUAGAUGCACUGAACCAGGGCCUCCCUCGUGUGCCCUACCGCGAUAGCAAGCUCACUCGCCUAUUGCAGGACUCUCUGGGUGGCUCAGCCCAUAGCAUCCUCAUUGCCAACAUUGCUCCUGAGAGGCGGUUCUACCUAGACACGGUCUCUGCACUCAACUUUGCUGCUAGGUCCAAGGAGGUGAUCAACCGGCCUUUCACUAAUGAAAGCCUGCAGCCUCAUGCCUUGCCACCUGUUAAGCUGUCUCAGAAAGAAUUGCUAGGCCCAUCAGAGGCAAAGAAAGCCCGAGGCCCUGAGGAAGAGGAGAUUGGGAGCCCUGAGCCCACAGCAGCUCCAGCUCCUGCCUUCCAGAAACUCAGCCCCUUGCAAAAGCUAAGCAACAUGGACCCAGUCACGCUGGAGCGCCUCCUGAGCUUGGACCGCUUGCUGGGUUCCCAGGGAAGCCAAGGAACACCUCUACUGAGUACCCCAAGGCGAGAGCGUAUGGUGCUCAUUAAGACAGUGGAGGAGAAGAAUUUGGAGAUUGAGAGGCUUAAGAUGAAGCAAAAAGAACUGGAGGCCAAGAUGCUGGCCCAGGAGGUUUUGGACCCAAAGGAAAAGGAAAACUGCGCUCCCACAGUGCUCCGACCCCUUCCCCGUCGUACAGUCACAGUGGCAAAGCCCCUGAAAAAGGCUGUAGUGAUGCCUCUACAGUUAAUUCAGGAGCAGGCAGUAUCUCCAAAUGCCAAGAUCCAUAUCCUGAAGAAGAGAGGCCGGAAAAGAAAGCUGGAGUCCCUGGAGGCCUCUGAGUCGGAGAAGAAGGCUGAGGCCGGCUGGGACCUGGAGCUCAGCCCGGAGCUGCUGGCCCGCGGGCGCCAAAAAAUACUGGAUCUGCUCAACGAAGGCUCAGCUCGCGACCUGCGAGGCCUGCAGCGCAUUGGCCAGAAGAAGGCUCAGCUCAUCGUGGGCUGGAGGGAGCUGCACGGGCCCUUCAGCCAGGUGGAGGACCUGGAGCGCGUGGAGGGCAUCUCCGGGAAGCAGGUGGAGUCCUUCCUGAAGGCGAACAUCCUGGGCCUGGCGGCGGGCCAUCCCUGCGGCCCCUCCUGACCGCUCCAC